CUUUAUCUUCCUGCAAGGGUAUUUAUACUCUCUCAGAUCAGUGUGCAUUCUCAUCGAAUUUCUUCACUUCCAAUUCAAAAGAUCUCUACUUCUUCUAAGUCAGUAUGGCAGGAAUCAAUCCCCAUGUCCCCUUGCAUCUGGCUCAAGCAGCCAUCUUUACUGGAAAGGGAUUCAGAAGCGCGGAGGACUAUGCUCUCUAUCUCAUUAAGUUUCAAGAUCAUCCCUUGUGUCCCUCUAUCUCCUUUGAUCCAGCCCGCUUCAAUCGUUAUGACAUGAACAUCCCUGGGUUGACCAAUGUUGUAGGCUGGUCAAAUCUUCCGCUGGAUCAGUGUUACAGCUUUCGUCCAGAAGCUGUACGCAUGUUUUAUGUCAACAUGCAACCAUAUUUUAACACUGAUCCUCCCACCUUCACCACUGUGGUGUACAACUAUCUGCUCACAAUCUCGGUUGACAUUCUCUCAUAUCUUCUCGGCUAUCCUAUUGCUGGUACUGAAGUUUUGGAUGAAGGGGACUUCCAGGAAGUGGGUUUCAAUGAAGUUGAAGCCAUUCGUCUGUAUACAAGGGAUACAGGUGAAUACUAUCCUUCUCUGAUUGCCACUGGACGUCUCCCUAACGAUCUCAAAGUGCUCCACUUCUUCAUCACUCGGGUUUUUCUUCCCCGCUCUCAUGGACUUAAUAGGAUUUACCCUAUAGACAUGUGGAUUCUUGCUAGUGCCAAAGAAAAUCGCCCUAUCAGCUAUCCCCAUCUCAUGUUUAAUCAUAUGCUCCAUUACUGCGAUGACAAUUUCAAUGAGGAGCUCCCCUUUGCUCCUCAAAUCACUCUGCUGUUGCACGCUCUAGGCAUUGAUCUUCGCUACAAAGUAGCUAGGGUUGAUCUGAUUGAUACCCUUCGCGCUCAGUUUGUCCUUCGCAAGGUGAAUGCCUUUGUUGGUCGUAGGCGUCCUCGAGUCAAUGCUUCAGGGGGAGAAGGGGCGGCUGUAGUUCCUGCAGCACCCUUAGCAGCUGAUCCUGAAGAUGAAGCUGUUCCUGAAGUUGUUCCUGAGGAACCAGUAGCGGCUGAAGAUCUUGAAGAUGGACUCAGCAUUGCUGAUCUGGAGGAAGAGCUAGGUGGAGAUGAGGGGGAGAUCUCUGACUACCUGUCUUCCCCAACUUUCCCUUUCUAAGCUCGCUGGGUUAUCAUAGGAGUUUUGUGUAGGGGGAGCUUAAGUUUGUUUGGUCUUGUGUUGAGUCGAACCAGAAGUGUUUUGUUUUCAAGAAUAAAGCUCUAUGUAAGAG